AUGUUUGGUCAAUCACGUGAAGAGCCAACUACCUCGAUCCUGAACUUUUCCACAUCCUCAGAGCCUUUCAAGCCUAGCCAUCGAGAGCCGCCUCGCGCGAAGAACUGGAAACAGUACGACGACACCAUCGGUUACUUUGUCUACCCACCACAUUUUCGUCCUCCAGACUAUCCACGGCCGUUGCCCGGCCAGCCAGACGCCCCUCCACAAUCCACCACGAGCCCGUUCAGCUUUGACAGCACCAAUGGUGCCCAGCAGAGUCAGUCGAGCUCACUUGAACAGAGCAGUGACAGCGGCGCAUCGCAUUGUGCUGCUCAACAUACACAAGCUUCGAGUCCCGUCUUCUCCUUCGGCGAGCCUACUGCUGCACCGCAACAGCCUCAAGCUCCAAGACCCGCUUUCUCCUUCGGCGCGCCUGCUGCUCCACUGCAACAAUCCCAAGCUCCAAGAUCCGCCUCCUUCUUCUUGGGCGCGCCUGCUGCUACGCCGCAACAACCCCAAGCAACAGGAUCUGUCUUCUCCUUCGGCCCAGCUGCUGCGUCUGCUCCCCAGCUAAAGCCAGAAGGAGCGCCAGUCUUCAACUUCGGAAAUGCUGCUACAUCCGCGCAAUCGACGUCGACUCCUGCCCCGGUCUUCAGCUUCGAUAGAGCACCACCGGAACCUGUCGUACCGCAGCGGGCCACGUCAUUCACGUUAGCACGAUCUGUAAGCGAGGUGCCAGCAAAAUCCGCAGCACCACAAUUGUCCGAGCCCUCGUCAGAGGAUGAGAAGAAAGACAACCUGAGUAUGUCGCACAACAAGACCUCGCUCCAAGCCGCUGCCGCAAUGGCGCCAAUUGGUCGCAUUUGCGAGUGCUGCAUGUGCAAUGAGAUCCGCGAGAUUGUUGUCAACAUCGACCCAGAGUUCGCCCGAACGGAAAAAUUCGGCACAGGCAGGGUACAGGGCAUGGACCACACCAAACUUCUCAACAACUUCAACAGCGACUACCAGACAUUCCUUCAGGCCAAGAAGAUGAAGAUGAAACAAGAUAUCGAGAUCGCUGAACUGGAAGUCAGAAAGCUUGAGUUGGAGGCCAGGAAGACUCUGUUGCAGCACGAGAAAGCUCAUACCGCAGGACAUCUGACGGGCAACAAGUCAGCGGUUUUCGGUCGCGAAAUGAACCAGGUACACUCUAUCACAGAGCGGUUAAAGGCUUGA